AUGUUAACAACUUCUGUUCAAAUCAAGAUUCAACAAGAACUGCAAUUGAAUGCAUUGCUAGCCAAUGCAUUUGUCGCUUCAGUUGUGAAAGCAUCUGCAAACUCACACCCAAUUCAGCUUGACUCCAGAAAAGUCUUUUCGCUUGUAUUGCCACGCAAUCGAAAGCAGUACAAGCGAGUGUCAAUCUUGGCACGAUCAUCUUGGCACUCAGCAGCCAGCAAAUCGAAAGUGGAAUUUGCUUAUUGGAACAGAAAAAGCAGUGAUCAAAGUCAAAAAAUAACUGAGAAAUUAGUACUGGAGAAACUGGGAAGCGAACAGCUCAAAAAAGAAUAUGCCGAUUACAUUCAGUAUAAACGACAAUACAAUAAACUGACCGAAGGAGUUGAUUUCGAAUACCGACGAUUUAUGACGUACCAAAAAAAUGUCAGGAAAAUUAACGAUCACAAUGAACGUUAUGAACGUGGAGAGAAGACGUACAAAAUUGGAAUUAAUAAGUUUACAGACUGGGUGAUUUCUCAUUUUGCAGCCUAA